UAAAAAUCAAGCAGCUUGAGCUGUUUUAUUCCAAAGAUACGAUCUUUCCCAAUCCCUCUUGCCGUCCCAGCAGCACCCUUCUCAGUUCUGUGCCAGUUGCCUUGAUUGAAUCAUUCUAUUCCCUCUAUUCCCUCUGUUUCGGCUUACUUGACCAUGCCUUUCAAGAAGAAGAUAACCAAACUGCAAGAUGGUACGUGGUUUGCUUCCAAUGGCAUGCGAGAUGAAGAUGACCUACCGCCACCGAUGCGGAGCACCGAGUAUGAUUCCAACAAGGAACCACCUUCCCGCGUGGAUUUGAGGCCGUACUGUACGCCCGUGGAAGAUCAGUCGCAGAGUAACUCCUGUUGUGCCAACGCUGCGGCCGGUGCCUACGAGUACCUUUGCAAGCGAGUGGCCAUGGAAACUGGCGAUCAUGUGGGAGAUAUCAGCCGUUUGUUUAUUUACUUUGUGGGUCGCAAGAAUGACCAGGUUCGUCGUGGACAAGGAUUAGUAAAGGUGAAGGACGAAGGUAUCACGUUGAGUGGCGCGGCCAAUGCACUCGAAGCUCAGGGUGCCUGUUUGGAAUCGACGUGGGGAUUUGAUUUGAGCAAGGUGAACGAUCGUCCUCCAGCCGAUGCCUUUGACGAAGCAUCCAACUACAAAAUCACAGAAGUCAAGCUCAUUCCCACCGACUUGACAUCCAUGAAACAGUGUCUCGCCGAAGGAUACCCCAUUGUCUUUGGAUGCAAAUUAACCAAAGCAUUCUUCACGGCGCCUCAGGGAAUUAUCAAAACUCCCAAUCCGGAUGACCCGCAGAGUGCCGAACACGGCCGUCAUGCCAUGCUCAUUGUGGGCUACAGCGACAAUAAUCAGACCUUUAUUGUUCGAAACUCCUGGGGUGAAACCUGGGGCGACCAAGGAUACUGUUACAUGCCCUAUGACUAUGCUGGUAACCCCGAAUUCAAUAUGGGAGGCAUGUGGUCUGCGAGGGGACUGACGGAUUACGACUUUACCCCCGAAGAUGGGGACGACGACGAGGAUUUGUUCGAUCCAUCCAUUGAAGUUCCCGAUGAUGACGAUGGUGUUGAGUCGGACGAAGAGGAUUUGGGCGACGAUGAAGAAGACCCAGAUGGCGCCGAAGAUGCAGGAAUGUUUGACCCCAACUUUAUCUUCCAAAAGAUGUUUGCAAAAUUUGACACAGAUGGCAGUGGAACAGUAUCCAAGGACGAAUGCAAGGCCCUCUUGGGACAAUUGGGUGUCCCCUGGUUCUUGGCCUCGGCAGCCUUUAUGGCCAUGGACACAGACGGGUCGGGUACGCUGAGCGAGGAAGAAUUUGCAAAAGCUUUUGGUCACCUCAUGGGACUCAACAAAAAUUAGGAGAUGGGAAGUUGUGGGACUUGGAGCCAACGACACACCCUGUCAAUUGUGAAUUGCAGUUGCUGUAAAGUGCCUCUUGUCGACUGAAGGGUUGAGGCGAUUGUGUGUAUGCAUAGUCGUAGUGAAGGAGUUUCCAGGUCCAAAACGAGGAGACCCAUUAAACAUUAAGCUGUGUAACAAAGAACGAACCAAUG